GUCAGUCGCUGCUGAGGACCAAUAGAGGUCCUCGCAUUCACCAAGAUUCCCACGGUCAGUCAGUAUCACGCCAAUAGACGACAGAAACCAGAAAAGGUGUGCGCGUACGUUGUCGGGAGGAAAAUAAUCGGUGACGUUUUUCUCACUCGUUUUUGUGUAUGGCGGCAGGACGCUGCUGUUUUUCGAUGAAUUCUCAACAGCCAAUUAGAACAGUCCGUAUCUCACUGCUCAAAGAAGUGGCCAAUCCGAAUUCUAAAUUGAGCUGUCAAUCAACCCUAGUUAUACAUAGUAGGCGGGACAUUCCUUCGGCUGUAGUUCCGUCAUCUCGCUGGUCUCCGAGGCUACGAGAGCGGGUUUGGGGGGGUGGCGCGAUGUUGAUUUGGAUGAAUUACUGUCGUUGUCGGACCCCGACGAGGUUUAAUUUUUAAAAGCUGGGUUCGUUAACGUUAAAUGGGAGGCUUUCUCUUGAGAAAAUCGCAUCCCCUGUUAUCGUUGUUUUGUGGACUGGAUAGAGGUGGGGAGCCGGGGAGGGGGGGCUCGUUCGGCGGGGGCUGCAAGGAGGGACAGGCAAAGACUGAAUCCUCCGUGUCCAGGCCAAGUGCGCUGAGCUCGGCCUGAGGGUUCAAUGAAACCCUAACGACCGAGAUACCUCAACGUUAGCUUACCUAGGAUUUCAGUCUGAUAUUAGUCACAGGUUGUGGAUGAGAGUGAACCCGCUUAACUAACCUGUCUCGUCGUGGCGCCGCAUUAGCAGCUGUCAGGCUAUUUAAGAGCAAGACAUCGGAGUUAACGUUCCGUACCGCUGGAUUUAGGGAGCAUCGUUCAGAUCUAAUCGAGAUUAGACCGGCUUGAGAAGGCUGCAGGGCGGCCAAAAAGCCACGGAUCGCCCGUUGUGAAGUUGUCAUCAUGGGCAACGCGCCCACGGCCAGAAAGGGCAGCGAAAUGGAAAGCGUUAAGGAAUUCCUUGCUAAAGCCAAAGAGGACUUCCUCAAAAAGUGGGAGAAUCCCGCACAGAACACUGCUUGCCUGGAGCAGUUUGAGAGGUUGAAAACCCUGGGCACGGGUUCAUUUGGCCGUGUUAUGCUGGUGAAACACAGAGAAACGGGACAGCAUUAUGCCAUGAAGAUCCUCAAUAAGCAGAAGGUGGUAAAGCUCAAGCAGAUAGAACACACUCUGAAUGAGAAGAGGAUUCUUCAGGCUGUCAGCUUUCCUUUUCUUGUGCGGUUGGAGUACUCAUUCAAGGACAACACUAACCUCUACAUGGUGAUGGAGUAUGUACCAGGUGGAGAGAUGUUCUCUCAUCUACGAAGAAUUGGCAGAUUUAGCGAACCACAUGCUCGGUUUUACGCUGCUCAGAUCGUUUUGACCUUCGAGUAUCUGCACGCUUUGGACCUGAUCUACAGAGACCUGAAACCUGAAAACCUGCUCAUAGACCAACAGGGCUACAUACAGGUUACAGAUUUUGGCUUUGCCAAACGUGUAAAGGGCCGGACCUGGACACUGUGUGGCACCCCAGAAUAUCUGGCUCCAGAGAUUAUCCUCAGCAAAGGGUAUAAUAAGGCAGUAGACUGGUGGGCGCUGGGUGUACUGGUCUAUGAGAUGGCAGCAGGGUAUCCACCUUUCUUUGCUGAUCAACCUAUUCAGAUCUAUGAAAAGAUCGUAUCAGGGAAGGUACGUUUCCCAUCUCACUUCAGCUCAGACCUGAAGGACCUCCUGAGGAACCUGUUACAGGUGGAUCUCACAAAACGUUAUGGUAACCUCAAAAACGGAGUCAAUGACAUCAAGGGACACAAGUGGUUUGCAACUACCGACUGGAUUGCCAUCUACCAGAAAAAGGUGGAAGCUCCCUUUGUCCCAAAGUUCAAAGGUCCAGGUGACACCAGCAACUUUGACGACUAUGAAGAGGAGGAGGUUCGCGUCUCCUUCACUGAGAAAUGUGCCAAGGAAUUUGCUGAAUUCUAGAGUUAGAGAGCAAGAGAGGAAGAAAGAAGGAAGUAGGGAGAGUCAAAGGUAGGCUGGUCAAGUGGGAGACGUGAGGAGAAAAGUACAGUCUCCAGUCCAAACACAAGCACCAGCUACAAAAAGUGGAAAAAUGUGAUAGAGGCAGGGGGGAAAAAGAGAGGGGAGACUGAUAACCAGCAGUGUUGCCUUUUUUGUUGCAUUUCUGUCUUAUUUUAUUUAUUAUUCUGUCUUAUUUAUGAAUCCCUUUAUAAUGAAGCUGUGUUUUAUGGGUGUGGGUAACCCCACUAAUUUAGAAUUGCCUCUACACAUUUUCACACAAGAUCUUCCCUUUUCGGUAUUUGUUUUAUUCAUGUUUUAUUUUUUUUUUCUGCCACAUCAUAGAGAAAUCAGCCUGUGAUCCACUCCAGUCUGUUGGUCAUUACAUGAGGCCAGUGAAUCCACACAAAGUUUGUUUCAAUUUAAACAGAUAACUGCUUGGUGUACAACACACAUACACAUAUCAAGUUAAAUAACCGUGUUUUGCAGUUGGUUUUCAACCCCUCUCACAGCAUGUAGAUGGAUAUUUUAAGGUAGGAUGGGUGUAAACAAACAAAUAACAGAUGACACAAAAGAGUCUGCUAGUUUUAUCAUGUAACUCCAUUUAUUGUUCUUAUCAUUGUUAGCAUAGCCAGACUUAGCGCAUAUCUGCAGAACUCUGUUUUUAAAAUGUUAAUAGAUACUAGUUGCUCAAAUGAUAUGUCACGCUAACAAACAAGGGGACAUGAGUAAGGGAAAGAAAUAAUCUCAGUUUUACUGGUGUUGUGAAACAGCACCAUAUUGUAAUGGAAACUCAGGUUCAAACAUAUCACUUAAUAGAUAUUUAUCUACAUAAAGCUUAAGGAUCAGCAGGUAAAUCUCUGAUACAGAUUUGGGCUCAAACUAAAAGGAACAAAAGGGACUAUUAGACUUUUAGUUAGCGUCUUCCACUCUUUUUCCCUUCCAGGCGAUUUGAUUUUGCUAACUUGAGUCUGUUCUUAUAAAAGCACUUCCUCUCUCAGCUCAGAGCUCGCUUUUGGCUCGAGAUGAUUCUGCUCGCUGAAUCAACCAUUUGGCCCUCGACUCUGAUUAAAAGAGACCAUCUGAGGCAGACUGCCUUAAACUGCUGCUGGCUGGCGGUCAUCAGCACUUUGGCCAGUCACGGAUGGCAGUCUGAAUAGUGUGCUUUAUGUUCAUCUCCCCCAUCACCCGGCCCUUCCCUCAUAUAAGCAGGACCACGCUCCGUGUGACAGUCUUGCAUGUGAUAGCAACUCUUGUUACUGUUUUUUGUGUUUCAGACAUGCUGUUUUCUGUUAUAUUUUGUUUUUUGUGUGAAGGUGAAGAUUUAAAAAUGACCAGUUUUCCAUUGAACAAGUUAGGAAGAGAUAAGCCACCAGUAGGUGAAUAGAGCUGGUUCUGAGGAGAGGACGUUACACAACCUAUCAACACAAAGUACACAACUAAUGCACCUCAGGUGUUCAGUGUCUUCUUAGUUAAUAAGCUAUGACGGCAGAGUACGUAAACAAUGCCCAAAAAAGUGAUCACAGUAGUAUUUAUUGGUAAUUGAUUAAAUGAAACCAACCAACUUUGGUGUCUUUUUUAGACAUUGAAAUGCCUUUAUUUGUAAAUGUAAUUUGGUGUACCACAUAAUGAUGCUAAUUUGGCUAAAACAGGCACCAUUUUUCUCUCAUCAUUUUAAAUUCUGGACCUUUUUGAUUCUCACGAAUCCCAGCUGUCUGAAACGGCUCAGAAACAGAGCAACAUGACAAGCCUUUUCUCACUUUGCACAUUUGUAAUGCGUGACUGUCUGUGUGUAUAAUUUGUAACAUGAAAUAAUAUUUGAAAUGACCCAACAUGAAGGAAUUGGCAGGGUGGGCUUCUCAGUUUCACAUCAUAGUUAGUCAACUUUUGCUAAAUAUGAAUGGCCACAUGUAUCUGGACCUUUGUUUAACAUCAUCCGUCCUCUCCAUGUAUGUUGCCUCAGAUUUGCAAUGCUGAUUUGGUUUAAACACAAAUGAAUAUAGAAGCACAGUAUCAGCUGAGCCUUUUCAGUAAUUUAUCAUUAACUAAUAAAGCUUGCAAGUCUGUGUAUCUCAGCAGAAACCGAGAUAAACUAUUAGUGCCUUGUCUAGGUCAAGUUCCAGAAAUACUGAAUCCUAUACUGUAACUGUCACUGUCUACUGUUUGAGCUCUGUCUAGGUUAAAUUGGUGAUUUUUUUCCUCUCUUAAGAUAAAGAUCAUAUAUCAAAAUAAUUGUACAUAAGCUUCUAUUGGGCUAAUUCUUUAAUUAAAAUUGCAUAUCUUAGAAAAUCCAUAAAAUGGAGCCACAAAAAUGCAGUAAUGUGACAACGUUUAGGUUGUUGGGUAAUGAGACCCCUUGAAAAUGAAGCAAUGCUCUUGGUGAUGGGACUUGAUGCUGUGCUUCUGUAUUGAUAUUCUCAGACUUAGUUAAAUUACCAUAGUUAAACCUAAUCUUUGCCUCCUAUAUGGGAAGCUAACUUGAGACUAAAUGUCUCACAUUUCAUUCUCAAAAUGAGCUGUUUCCACUCCUUUUUUCCCUUUGAGAAAUGGUAGAAAAUUUCAGCAUUUAAAAUCUGAAUCUGAAGUUCACUGGCAGAUAAGUGGAGUUGCAGGCUGCAUGUCUACUUAGUCAUCAGCUGGCUUAUUUGUAUUAAUGGAUUUUUUUUUUAGGAUUCAUUAUUAUUGUUUACAUCACUUGUUGAGACUUCACAUUCGCUGUAUUUCCUUCAUGUCAGGUUCAGUGUUGAUCAUUCUGGACGAAAAUGUUUGUAGUUAUAUUUACAUUAUGAAUCUGUGUCUCCUCGAUGUUUUUGCAGUGAUAAAACUUCCGCUCAACGCAGGCACAAUGCUGGUACAUACUGUCGCACUUUUUAGGGAAAUGAGGCCCCAGUGUAAACCGUGUUAACCCCCGACACACACAAACACACACAUACACGAGAGACACAGCCGCAAAGGGAAGCGUCUAAAGUCACGGGAGCAGUGACAUAACACGAAGUGUAAUAUUUUGCAACAUGAGUAUCAUUCCAAUAAAGUUUUACUUGUAAAAUUC